GUAGUUAUGGGUCAUCCUGAAGGAUUUCUGCACUGUUCACUGUGUUUAUUGAACUGAACACUCCAUACAAGUCAGGAAUAUUUUACUAUUUAAAUUACACGUUUGCUAGGUUUGCCUUUGGAAUUGCAAAACGUUUAUGUUGUUACCAGCUGAUGGGUUUCCCUGAGUUCUGAUGGAAAUGUAACGAAAGAGCGAUAACAAGCACUCUGAAAAGGCUGAAGUGCACAGCAGCUGCCAAGAGUGAUCCAAUGCCACUCCAGAGGCUCUUGGAUGAAUCAGCAAAACCCACACUUGCAUCCAUAGGGGCUGUUGUGUGAGUGGGGAGAGGGCAGUGGGUGCCCAAGGUGCUGUGGGAGCAGUGGAUUCCCUGUCCAAUGAGGUGGAAUGCUCCGCGGGCACAUGGUUCACGCUGCUCAAAAUAACUUGGGACCUGCACACUGACAAAUGCUGCUGCUCCGGUGGUGACAGGUUGUCCAGCUCCUCACAGCCAUCCUCACAAUAACCAAGGUUAACUUCCCUCACUGGAUGGACUCCUAACUCUUUCUGUUCCUGAGGACUCGAGAAUCCCCUCGCUGCCUUAACUUUAGCCUCGCACUUCUGGAUAACUCUCGGCGCUACUCACUGCCACGCUGGGCAGCAACACCUGGAGCAAUUGAAAAAGCAUGCAAGACGACAGUUUAGAAACCUCCACUUCAAUAUCUCAGCUUCUGAGAGAGAGCUAUUUAGCAGAAACCAAGCACCAAGGGAGGAGUGAAAGAAGCAGAUCAGAGCCAGUUUCUCAUAAUUUCCACUAUGGCAAUGCUUCUGGUGAUUCAGAUGAGGUAGCUGCCCAAGAUGACCUCCCAGAUCUGUCUGCCUUUUUGAGCCAAGAAGAGCUUGAUGAAAGCGUAAACCUGGCAAGACAAGCUAUUGAUCAGAGCCCACUGGAAACGAAGCAGGAUGAGCCUCAGGCCCAUUCCCAGCGCCCCCCAGAGCAGCUGAACACCACGGGCAAACACAGACCAAUGGCCCAGCCCACGGCUCUGAAAACGGCAGACAAUGGCCUGCACUCCAACUUCUGCCAGGAACACGUCCGAAACACAAAGGGGUCCAAAGGGAGCUCCCAAGACCUCAAGAAACACCACCUCCCUUCCGAGUCAGAAUCCAAAAAGGAAUUCCUGAACAAGGCAGCAGAUUUCAUUGAGGAGCUCUCGUCACUUUUCAAAGCCCACAACUCGGAAAGAAUACGGCCCCGAACGUGCAAAAACUACAAGAGCAAAAUUGAAUCCAAGAACAAGUCUGCUCAAAAAGGCAGCUCUAACCUGUCUCUUACAUCAGAAAACAGAGAAAGGCUUUCCAUUCCAACACCUCAAGACUUGGAAAACAAAGCAGAGAAAGCUUUGGAACAAACAGAUGAUCAACAGGCAGCAAACCUGGAAUCUCUCAGUCAAUUAACAAGUGCAGAGCUGAAAGCAGAGUCAGAAUCUGCCUCUGUAUAUUCUGAUGAGCCCCUUGGACAGCCACCACGCUUUACUCAAAAACUGAAGAGCAGGGAAGUUCCUGAGGGAUCCAAAGUGCAAUUGGACUGCAUUGUGGUAGGAAUCCCAGCACCUGAAGUCAGGUGGUACUGUGAAGGGAAGGAGCUUGAGAACUCACCAGACAUCCAGAUCAUCCAGGCAGGAGAGCGACACUCUCUGGUCAUUGUCGAGGCCUUUGAGGAGGACACGGGGCGCUACUCGUGCUUUGCGUCCAACAUCUAUGGAACUGACUCCACCUCUGCAGAGAUUUACAUAGAAGGCAUCUCUUCUUCUGACUCUGAAGGCGAAAUCACCAAGGACGAAAUGGAUCACAAACCAAAGCCAGCCAACGCCUCUGUGAAUGCAGCAUCUCCUGCUGUCAGAGCUGCAGCCAAGCAUCAAGAAACCUCCAAGGCACCACCAGCCGAGGCCCAGCCCGUGCCUGUCCUGGUCCAGACGGUGCCAACACCAGUUAACCAGGCUCAAAGCCCCACUAACUAUCUGCAAGGACUGGAUGGAAGACCUAUAAUUGCUGCUCCUGUAUUUACAAAGAUGUUACAGGAUAUUUCAGCUUCUGAGGGGCAGCUUGUUGUUUUUGAAUGUCGGGUGAAAGGAGCUCCUUCCCCAAAGGUUGAAUGGUAUAGAGAAGGAACACUGAUAGAAGACUCUCCAGAUUUUAGGAUAUUACAGAAAAAACCACGAUCUAUGGCUGAACCAGAGGAGAUUUGUACUCUGGUUAUUGCUGAAGUGUUUUCAGAAGAUUCUGGCAGUUUCACCUGUACUGCAAGCAAUAAAUAUGGCACAGUGUCCAGUAUAGCUCGUCUGACUGUCAAAGCACCUGAGGACAGCAGCAGCACUGCUGCCCUUCACACGACGUGCUCCAUCGACUUUGUGGCCACUGAGCACCAGGCUGCCCCCCAGGCUCCUUCCAGCCUCCAAAGCCAAGCCCCCAGACCCAAACUGGAGGGAGUCCUGGUGAACCACAACGAGCCCAGGUCCAGCUCCAAGGCAGGGCUCCGCGUGCACUUCAAGCUGCCCGAAGAUGAGAAAGGCAGUGAAUCCUCCUCAGAGGACGGACCUGGCACCGCCAACCAAAGCAGACCCAACCACUUCCCCGAGAAGAUAAACGGACAGCCACUGAAAACACCAGAGCCAGCAUCACCAUCCAAGGAGCCUCCCCCAGUGCUGGCUAAACCAAAGCUUGACCAGAGCCAGCUAAAGCAGCUCCACAACCAGGUCCUGCUCGAACAGCAGCAGGUGCACCAGGCGUCUCUGAGAGAGCUGUCUUUCACCAGCACGCUGGUGAAUUCUGCCAGUGCCGUGUGCCAGCAGUCCAGCUCCGUGCUGUACAGGCAGGGCUCAGCCUGUGCCCCCCAAACCUUGGGCUACGGGCGCCCCAAGCAGCUGCUGGCACCCCAGACCCCGCCGGGCAGCCCCUGUGCCAGCUCCUCAGGCUCCUUCGGCAGCAUGCCCCCGGCUGCCUCCAGGACAAACCCCACAGAGAACUUCCCAGCAAACCCAGCCCGGGCCUCAGGAGGCCCCACAGGCAGGAGUGAGCAGUGUGUGCCCAGCCCCAGGGAGGCCGUGGUGCCCCCGCUGACGCUGCCUCCUGUGAAGCAGUUCCAGCCCCAGAGCGUGGCCCCUGCUCCCCUGUCCCCCACGGCGCGCAUCCAGAACCCUGUGGCUUUCCUCAGCGCUGUGCUGCCUUCCAUGCCUGCUGCACCAUCCACCAACGCCAUGGGACUGCCCAGAAGCACCCCAGCCACCCCAACCCAGGGAUUAAAGAAAAACCUGAAGCCUCUGCCACUGGCAACAGAAGAUUCCAUUCGGGAAAACAAAGCUGCGCUUGUAAAGGACCUGGAGAGAAAACUGCAUUUCAGAGAGGAUGCUAACCAACAAAGUGGUCAGCAGGAGUACAGGAUCUCCAGCUUCGAGCAGAGGCUGAUGAACGAGAUCGAGUUCCGCCUGGAGCGGACGCCGGUGGAUGAGUCGGACGAUGAAAUCCAGCACGAGGAGAUCCCCACGGGCAAAUACAUUGCUCCCAUCUUUGAUAAGAGACUCAAGCACUUCCGGGUCAUGGAAGGAUUCCCUAUCACCUUCACCUGCAAAAUAGUUGGAAUUCCUGUUCCCAAGGUCUACUGGUUCAAGGAUGGCAAGCAGAUUUCAAAGAAAAACACACAUUUCAAAAUGAACAGAGAAGAGGAUGGAACAUGUUCUUUACAUAUUGAAGCUGCUACUAAUGAUGAUGAUGGCAACUACACAAUUAUGGCUGCAAACCCACAAGGGAGGAUCAGUUGUUCAGGACACCUGAUGGUUCAGAGUGUCCCUUUUCGGGGACGAAUAUCCACAACUCAGCCUCACAGAACACGGCCCCGGGUGCCGGAGGGAGACAAAGAGGCCGUGCAGGAACGCUUCUUCAGGCCCUACUUUCUGCAGGCUCCAGGGGACAUGGUGGCACACGAGGGGCGGCUCUGCAGGCUGGACUGUAAGGUGAGCGGGCUGCCCACGCCGGAGCUGACGUGGCUGCUGAACGGCAAAGCUGUGCUCCCCGACAGCAGGCACAAGAUGCUGGUCCGAGAGACAGGGGUGCACUCCCUGCUCAUCGACCCCCUGGCCCUGAGUGAUGCUGGCACCUACACCUGCCUGGCCACCAACAGGACAGGACAGAAUUCAUUCAGCCUGGAGCUCACCGUUGUAGCAAAGGAAGUCAAGAGAGCCCCCAUGUUUCUGGAGAAGCUUCAGAACUGUGGAGUUCCAGAAGGUUACCCUGUCAGAUUGGAGUGCAGAGUUGUGGGAAUGCCACCUCCCGUAUUCUACUGGAAGAAGGACAAUGAGACCAUCCCAUCCAACAGAGAGAGGAUGAGCAUGCACCAAGACACAACAGGGUAUGUGUGCCUCCUGAUCCAGCCUGCCAAGAAAGCAGACGCUGGCUGGUACACCUUGUCUGCAAAGAACGAAGCUGGCAUCGUCUCCUGCACUGCCCGCCUGGACAUCUAUGCUCAGUGGCACCGGCAGAUCCCGCAGGCUCUGAAGCUGCGGCCCGGGGGCAGCCGCUACCCCACCGUCAGCAGCCAAGGACUCGACUCCUUCUGUGCCUUCCCUGCUCCCGAGAGCCCCGUGCUGUUCUCAGCCCCCAGCCACACGCUGGUGGAGAGUGAAGAACUCUGA